ACCCAGAAAAACAUCCCGGCGUGUGGAUCGUCUGUGGGACCUGAUCGCUGCGGAUUCCUGCUCCGGAGUGAAAUGUUCCAGGAUCGCCCGGAGAUGCGCAGGAACCUGUUUACGAGGAAAACGCAGCGAGUUUGAGAGAAUGUGGAGCUCAGGGAUGCCAUUACUCAUCCCUGCGGUUCCUCUCACGCCGGGCCACUUUGUCCUGGAGAUAUUUUCACCGCGGAUCCUUUCUAGGCUCCGCUAACGAGCAGCAAGUGUCCGGGGGAUUCUGGGAGCGACGUGACGCUGCUGUCCACUUCGGGAGGAUUAAAAACCACCGAGGAGAUUGUUGCAGAAACCAGCUUUGUUUUCUGAACCUGUUGAGUUUCUGAUGCGAGAUGAGGCAGCGAGUCUCCCUGUCGUGAGGGAGUGGAUGUAUUGUCGAGCCUCUGCAGCCUGAACUUACUGUUGGAUAUUUAAACACAAUAGAUUUAAGGACAAUAGAGCGACAGCCUCGAUGGGCUGAGGAUGCUAGCGGUCACAGUGGGUAUAUAUUUCAGACUGUUGUUAGUUUUACAAAACUCUUCACUUCUGCUGUGUUUCUAAAGUUGCACAUCAUUAAAGUUACAUAAAGGUCAUAGUGCCGCUGCACACCUGAUCCAACAGCUGCCAUGUAAUUUGAGACUAGUUUCAAUAUUACAGUGAGCUUGUGUCAGAAGGUUCCCACACAGCAUGCAUCCACACAGGAGCAUCAGUAUAAUCUAGGCACUAUGUGCGUGUAGAAUUGUGUGGUUUGGGACCAACUUGAGUAUCACCAUGUCAGUGAAAGCCAAAGCCAUCUACACCUUCCAAAGUGAAAACAAAGAGGAGAUCAGCAUCCAGGAGAGCGAGGAGCUGGUCAUCUUCGAUGAGAAGUCAGUGGACGGCUGGUUCAAGGGGGAGAACAGCCGGGGGGAGAGGGGUCUCUUCCCAGCGUCUUACGUGGAAAUCAUUCGCACUCGCUCAAACUCCAAUGUGACCGACUGCUCCAUCAGCCCAGCAGGCUCUCUGGGAAAGGACUCGUCCUAUAUCCACUCCAUUCCCAUCACCCCUCCUCAUCUGCAGCAGUCGUUUGAUGACGACGAAGAUGACGACUGGGACGACUGGGAUGACAGGUCCACAGUGGUGGAGGAUGCAGACUACUCAAGGAGCCCUGGGGCCAAUGGACAUGCCCAUCAAAGCCCACUGUCCAACAACCCUAAUGUACACUACCGGCCCAAACCACACAUGGAGCGGCAGGACAGCAUCUCCAGCUCCAGGAAAGGCAGUAUGGUGGGCAGGAACUUGAAUCGAUUUUCCAGCUUUGUCCGCUCAGGGGUGGAAGCCUUUGUUCUGGGCGAUGUACCCAUGAUGGCAAAGAUAGCUGAGUCAUACACCAUCGACAUGGGUCCUACGGGACCCCUGUGGAAGGCAAGCCCACAACCUUUCGCCUGCUCAAUUGAAGACCCCAUAAAACAGACAAAGUUCAAGGGCAUCAAGACCUACAUUUCUUACCGGGUCACGCCGAGCCACACAGGGCGUCCCGUCUACAGACGCUACAAACACUUUGACUGGCUGUACAACCGCUUACUGCACAAGUUCACUGUGAUCUCUGUGCCUCACCUGCCUGAAAAGCAGGCCACGGGGAGGUUUGAGGAAGACUUCAUCGAGAAGCGCAAGAGACGACUGGUUCUGUGGAUGAACCACAUGACCAGUCACCCGGUCCUC